UCCAAAUAAUUAAAAAAUAUGAUUUUUAUAACUAUUUUGACUAUUUUACUAUUUGACGUCACAUUAAUAAAAUCUGAUAACAGACCAAAACAUUGCAAUUAUUCUAGAUACUUGUUGAACUAUUUUAAACUUGGUGAACAAUAUUUGUUUCAAAUGUAUAAAAAUAUUGAAAUUUAUACCGAAGAAGAUUUAAAAAAAUAUGGACAAGCUAUUCAAACUCAUGGCGAUGUUGUAUUAUUAAUGAUUCAAGAUCUUCUGAUAAUUGAUGGAUAUCAUUUUCCUUAUGAUUUAAUGACGUUCAAUAUAGACUCAGAAACAAAUGUUACGGAACAAAAUCUAAUGGAGAUAUAUGGAAUCAUAUUAGAAAAUACUGAUCAAGUUGAUUUAUAUGUUAAAAAACUCGAAAACUAUGCAGAUUCAUUUCAUUUGAUUUAUGACAUACAGGCAGUUCAAAGAAUAAACAUUAAAGACUUUAAAUUCUUUCUAACACCAGAUUUAAUAGAUAUAUUGUGCACAGAUAAUCCAAUAGAUAAUUGUAACAGUAAUUAUGAUAAAUGCGUUACUAGCAGUAACAUUAAUGAAUUUGAUGUUUACGACCUAGGGAAUAAUGAUGGUUUAGAUGUAUUCAAAACUGAAAAUAUUGAAAAUUUCAAAAACACUGUUUUCAAACGAAAAAAACAUGUAAGUUUGAAUUCAUCAAUUGACAUGAAAGAGUACCCAAGACACAUGGUGGAUUAUUUCAUUUCUUCCAAAUAGAAAAUUAUAUUUUUAUUUUAAUAAAGAGAUUAGUAUAAUACCU